CGUGUUGUUGGUCGUGUCUUGGGACUAUUGUACGUGCCACAAUGGUCAAGCUGGAAUACUUCAUAUCGACUCUUGGAUUGGCAGCCUGCGCUACUGUAGCAGCAGCAGUCGCUGUGCCCAAUACUACUACUACUACUACUACUACUACUCCAUGCAAGAAUCCCAUCAAGCGAAUGGAAUGGAGACAACUCUCGCUCGCCCAGCGACGAGAAUACAUCGACGCGGUCCUGUGCCUGCAGCACGUCAAGUCGAUAUCCGGCAUCGCGGGGACCAAAAACCGCUAUGAUGACUUCCACGCCGUGCACACGACCAGACGCCCAGCAUCCAUCGUGUCGCGCACUUUAUGCCGUGGCACCGCCUCUUCGUCGCGCACUACGAGCGCACACUGCGCGAGGAAUGCGGCUACACGGGCGCCCAGCCCUACUGGGACUACACGCUCGACGCGGAACCCGACAAUCCGACGUCGAUGCGCAUUUUCGAGAGUGAGGUUUUCGAUCCCGUCACGGGCUUUGGCGGCAACGGCGCAAAGGUCGCGCAUACCGCUGCGCAGGAGCUGUUGGGAUACAACGGCACGGGCGGCGGCUGCGUGGAGGAUGGGCCGUUUGUGCCCAAGAACUUUGUGGACAACUUCCCGGGUCCCGGGUCGUCGUGUUUACGCCGUGAUUUUGUGCCCGAGCUGAUGAACAAGUGGGCGGAUCCCGCGGUUGUCGACCGGCUGAUGCAGACGCCCGACUACGUUUCGUUUGAUCGCAUGAUGCAGGGCCCCGCGUCGUUUGCGGUCCCCGUUAUACAUAGGAGCGGGCACUUUGGGGUUGGGGGAGCGCUGGGCCAGGCGGGAGACGCGGCCAACUCGCCGGCUGAGCCGCUGUUCUAUAUGCACCAUUGCAAUGUCGAUUGGAUCUUUUGGAAGUGGCAGCAUAAAGACUGGCCAAAGAGGCAGCACGAGGUUGCAGGGAAUGCUGUGGCCAAUGAUUAUACGGGGAGAAACGUUACGCUGGAUUUUACUGUUAACCUGGGGAACCUGGCGGGUAAUGUCACGUUGGGUGAUUUGUUGGAUACACAAGGGAAUACCUUGUGCUAUACGUAUUGA